AUGGGAAUAUUGUACAAUAAAUUUCAAAUCUAUUUUGCAUUUCAAAAAAGAUUUUUUACUGUAUUUAUUUCAUUUUCAAGAAAUUCAAUUAAUGCAACUAUUUUUCUUGUUUUAGAUUCAUUUACAUGUAAACAAAUGAUAGCUACUUCUGUUAACCCAAACUCAAUUGUUAUACCAUUGAUUUCGACUGGAUGUUUAAAAUCAGAAUUUAAUUCGACCUAUCCAGCUCAUCUUAAUGGAAUAAUAAGACCAGAUGAAUUUCAGCAAUCAAUUGAAAAUAUUAAUAAACAAAUCUCUUCAAGGAAACCUAUGAUUAUAAUUGGUCUCAUUGCCAUUUUAUGUUUAGUUAGUGGAAUGAUAUUAUUUAUUAUCGGAGGAAUAACACGUGUGGCGUCUUAUUCAACUGGAUUUCCUAUAACAGUCGGCAUUGGGUUUGGCUUGUUCGGCUUUGGAAUGUUGAUUUUAUCAAUUGGAUGUUGUAUUAUACAGUCAAAAAUGACAGCUCGAAUGCACCAAGCAGUUGCUAAUGAAUCGAUGAAGUAUUCAACGAGAUCACCACCAUGUAGUUGGCGAUUGCAUGCUUACAGCACUUGGAAUGGAAGAUACGGACAUUAUGGAAGAAGAAGACUCGCUUACCGUUUACUGAUUGAAAUUGGAAAUCCUGUUGCACCUGGAGGUGGACAUUCAUUGUAUCAAUUCAACCAAGUUGCUCCUCAAUCAGCAUUAUUUUUCCCACAAGACAAUAAUGUGCCUCCUCCUCCAUAUUAUCAUCAAUCGGUUGCAGAAUUUUGUUCUCAUUGUGGAAAACCACGGCCAAAUAUCAUGGCGAAAUUUUGUUCGUCAUGUGGCCAGCCGUUCAAUACAUAUUAA